CACACACAUAUAUAUAUAUACAUAACCGUGCCAUAUCCGUUAUAAAAUCUUGCUUUAAGUUUUCUUAGCAAAAAUUACAUCGCUUCAAAUGAUUUCCAUUGUUUUAAAUCUUUGGAUCACAAUAUUGUAAAUUUUUGCAUCUUGCAAUAAAUGAAGAAUUUUUCGACUGAGUAGUCAAAUAAAAAGGAAGAUCUGCGAUACAUUUACUUAGGAAUGUUGAAUUAUAUUGAACUUCUGAUGAAAUUUAUUUUCUCAACGUCUCUAUUGAUUAACACAUCAGAUUCCAUUGCAGCUAUUAACCAACUAGAAACCAUAGGCUGUUCAGGAAAUGAUCAAUGCUCUACACCUGAGUGCCUUGAAGCAGCUGUUGACAUCUACUACAGUUUGGAUAACACCACGAAUCCUUGUCAUGAUUUCUAUCAAUUCGCCUGUGGUGGCUGGCUGAACACACAUUUCCCUUUUGAUAUCUACCCACCCAUGGUUUCUGUUCUUACUGAAAUUUAUGAUGAUAAGUUCUUCAAACUCAGAGUAUUGUUAGAAAAAGACACAACGGAAGACGAAUCUUAUGAAAACUUGUUGAAAAGCAUGUACAGGUCUUGUAUGGAAACUGAAAAAAUCGAAGAAAAAGGUCUCGAGCCUCUAAAAGGAAUUCUGGACUCUCUCGGAGGGUGGCCAAUGUUGAAAGGGAAGAGCUGGGAUGCAGCGUCCUUUGACUGGAUUGAAACUCUCCGUCGACUUCGGGAGCUCGGCUACGAUCACAACAUCUUGAUAGGGUUGCAAGUUACCUCUAAUAAAAUCUUCGGACUUCCUCACACCAUAAUAUUGGAUCAUGCAUCAUUAGGAAUACCUCGCUCCAGUUUGUUGGAUUUAAAUCAUGAGGAAAGAUUUCUUUACUACCUCUGGAUGUUUAGAACAGCUCAAGAAAUGGACGCAAGAAAACAAAAUCUAUAUCUGGAAAACGAAAUCUGGGAUGCUCUCAAUUUUGAAGCAAUGUUGGCCAAAAUCUCUACGUCAAACGAGGAUAGCGCAGACCAUCAUUAUGAGCAUCACACCGUUAAGGAUCUCUUAAAUUCGGAAAAAGAGGUUGACUGGUUGAGAUUUUUCAGUGCACUGCUCAGUGAGCAGGUUACCGAAAAUGAGCACCUAUUUAUUAAAGAUAAAAAUUUCGUCACCAAAUUCGCCGAUUUAAUGAAAAAAACGGACAAGAGGGUUGUAGCCAACUACAUGAUGUGGAGAGUAAUUCAAGCAUCAUUUUCUCUUCUGCCGGAGCAAUGGAAGAACAUUGCUAAGUUUCAUAGCACAGGAAUGAUCACAAAAACCCCGCGCUGGAUAGAAUGCAUUUCUGAUUUAAGCAACAGUGGCCUGGAUAUAGCACUUAAUUCCUACUAUUUUCGACAUUACUCCGAAGAGGAAAACAAGGAUGCUGAGUUGAUGAUAAUUUCUAACAUGAAUGAAGAAUUCUUAAAUAUUCUUGAGACCGAAAACUGGAUUGAUGAAACAAUUAAAGAUCUCGUAAAAGAUACUAUGAACGUCAUAGAACAUCAUAUUGGAUAUCCAAAUGUUCUUCGGAAUGAUGAUUUAAUUUCUAAAAUAUAUAAAGAUUUAAAACUUAACGGAGACAGUUAUUUUGCCAAAACUUUACAAUUGCGCCGAUGGUCAACUCACUACUACUACUCUCGGUUUCGAAAACCUUAUGAAGAAAUUGAUUGGCUAAAAGAUAGGGUACGUUCUGCAGACGUAGCAGCUUAUGUACCCUUCUCGAGCAGCAUUGAACUCCCCGAGGAAUAUUUGCGUUAUCCAUAUUUUAGCAAGGAUUUACCCGGGUAUUUGAAUUUUGGAGGCUUAGGGUUUGCUUUUGGUCGCCAAAUUGUGUAUGGAUUAUAUGAUAUAGCUCAGCAGUUUAGUAAAAAUAGUAGGCAGCCGAACGAAAUAGAUGGCCAGCAGUGUUUCAAAGAACAAUAUGUUGAAAGUAGAAUGAAGAUAAAUAGCAAAAAGACGCUAUUAGAAAGUAUGGCUGACAAUGGAGGUUUGAGAGGAGCAUAUCGGGCUUGGUUAAAGCAUCAAGAACAUGACAAAACGCUUCCAGGAUUGCAUUAUACAAAGAAUCAGUUGUUUUGGAUAGGUGCAGCAAGAGGUUUGUGUGAGAAAAGGGAACCGAAUUAUGAAAAGUCGAUCUUUAAUACUUUACCAAAUCCAUCUGGAAAAAUUAGAGUAAAUGGACUAAUGUCUAAUAUACCAGAGUUUGCUGAAGACUUUCAGUGUUCGCCAGAUACACCAAUGAAUCGGGAAAACAAGUGUAAUAACUGGUGAAAAUUCACCUGAAUAAAAGUACGGAAACAUUUCCGAUGUAUUAUUAUAUAUGUAAUGGCAUUAAAAUUAACAAAUAGCUUUUGUCAGAAAUAUAUUUUGUUCUAAAUAAAACACUGAAACCUUGUU